AUGUGGAAUACAACUAUUGAUGGUUUUUGUAAGGAAAGGUGCAUAACAGAAGCACGUGAUUUAUUUUAUGAAAUGAUUGAUCAGGGAAUGUCUCCUGAUAUUGUGACCUACAACUCUCUAGUACAUGCUUUUUGUUUCAUGGAUAAGUGGCUAGAAGCUAUAAAAUUGUUUAAUCAAAUGAUACUUGAAGGCAUCAACCCUAACAUUCAUAGUUUUAAUAUACUGGUCGGUGCAUUUUGUAAGGAAGGGCGUGUCACCAAAGCUGAAGCUAUUGUUGGCAUGAUGAUGAAGAGUGGCGUGAAACCUGAUGAAGUCACUUACAACUCUUUAAUGGAUGGGCACUAUGUUGUCACGGUAUGUCUUCUGCAAAUUUCCUUUGCUUUCAACAUCGUCUUGUCACGGUAUGUCUUCUGCAAAUUUCCUUUGCUUUCAACAUCGUCUGCAUCUUCCUUCCUGCUUUCCCUCCCUGUUGCCCUUGCUACCAACUUCAGCUUUCGUUCCUAUGGCUCAAAUCCUCGCAACAUUGAAGAGUCCAUGGCUUCUUUCCGCGCCUUGCUUCAUAGGCAUCCCCGUCCCUCUAUAGUCCAAAUUAAUAAGAUUUUAGGAUCCAUUGCACGGAUGAAACAUUUUCCGACUGCUAUCUCCCUUUUCGAACAAGUCGAAUCUAAGGGAUUCACGCCAUGUUUGGUUACACUGAACAUCUUGAUUAAUUGUUUCUGUCAUGUGGGUCAAAUGACUUUAGCUUUCUCUGCCCUAGGGAAGAUUCUUAAGGUGGGGUGUCAGCCAGAUACGAUUACUUUGAAUACACUGAUGAAGGGCCUUUGCAUCAAUAAUGAUGUUGGGAAGGCCUUAGAUUUUCAUGAUGAUCUUCUAGCAAAAGGGUUUCAGUUAGACGUAGUUAGUUAUGGCACCCUUAUCAACGGGCUAUGCAAAACGGGAAAAACAAGAUGCGCUGUCAAAUUGCUCCAAAAGAUGGGUAGGGGGCAGGUUAAGCCCAAUUUGGUUAUGUGUAACACAAUUAUUGAUGGUUUUUGCAAGGAAAAGUUCACAACAGAAGCAUGUGAUUUAUUUCAUGAAAUGAUUGAUCAGGGAAUGUCUCCUAAUGCUGUGACCUACAACUGUCUAAUACAUGGUUUUUGUCUCAUGGAUAAGUGGCCAGAAGCUGCAAAAUUGUUUAAUCAAAUGAUACUUAAAGGGAUCAACCCUAAUAUUCAUACUUUUAAUAUAUUGGUUAGUGCAUCUUGUAAGGAAGGAUGUGUCAACAAAGCUCAAGCUAUUGUUGGCAUGAUAAUGAAGAGUGGCGUGAAACCUGAUGAAGUCACUUACAACUCUUUAAUGGAUGGAUACUGUUUGAUUAAUAAUGUUGGUGAGUCAGGGAAAGUAUUCAAUAAGAUGAUCACAAAUGGUUUGGCUGCUGAUGUUUUUAGUUAUAAUAUUUUGAUUAAUGGACUCUGUAAACUCAAUAUGGUAGAUGAUGCCUUUAAUCUCUUUAAAGAAAUGAAGAGCAAAAAUUUGUUUCCUGAUAUUGUCACCUAUAACUCUCUUGUUGACGGUUUGUGCAAAUCAGGGAAAAUGUCAUUUGUGCAGAAUAUUAUUUAUGAAAUGCAUGCUAGUGGUCAUGCAUCAGACAUAAUAUUUUAUAAUAUCUUGUUAGAUGGAUUGUACAAAAGUCAUCAUCUUGAUCAAGCAGUUGCAUUAUUUAAGCGAAUGGUUGACCAAAGAAUUCAGCCUGAUACAUGCACUUAUACCAUACUUCUCAAUGGUUUGUGCAACGGUAAUAGAUUAAAUGAAGCGUGGUUCAUUUUUCAAUAUCUUUUGGUCAAUGGCCAUCCUUUGGAUGUCCAAGCAUAUACCGUAAUGAUCAGUGGACUUUUUAAAGCCGGUUUGUUUGAUGAGGCAAAGGCCUUACUUUAUAAAAUGAAAGAGAAUAAAUGCCCGCUUGAUUUUGUAACCUUUGAUGCAAUUAUUAGACCCCUUUUAGGAAAGGGUGAGAGUGAUAAGGCAAAGGAUCUUCUGAAUGAAAUGUUCACUAGAGGUCUCCUAUAGCAAUAAAAGAAGGGUAGCAAAUUUUUCUCCACAUCUAUUUAAUUGUUGAUAGUUGAUAGUUGACAUUCAUAUUCGUGAUGAAAUUUGUUGUAAUAUUUAACAAAUUUGUUGCAUUUAAGUAAAUUUUGUGGCCUAUAUAAUGGUCAGCUUCAAUUGCCCAUGUUUUGUUUAAAUCUUAUGUUUGAUGUGUGUGUGUGUGUGUGUAAUUUUGAUUGUUUGUGGUUUCUGGUUGUUAGUUUUUCUUUGGCUUAACAUGACUUUUUUCGUUCUUCCUUUAGUGUUAGUUACUAAUUUGAUUUAACAACUUCUUGGCGUGUCUCAAUUGUUGUCACUCAUGCAUUGAUUUUAUUAUUAAUGUUAACUAUAGCUAAGGUGAUUUUUUUUUUUUUUGGAUGUUGUCAUCUGAAAUUAUUAUCUUUUUGGAAAUAUGACAAU